UAACACUCUAACGUGUUGAUCUGCCACUCUAAACUGUUAGCCCUCGAGGAUAAACUUUUAAAGAAGUGCGGAGAAAACAAAUUUACAUUUAAGCGCAGAACUGCGGAACAGAAGUUCCUAGAAGAACAUUACACAGCCUAACAUGAGCCCAGAUGUAAUGGCAGAUCAUAAUUCCCACAACAUCUCUUCUAUAAUCAGCACUACAGCAGUAACACAAAAACAAGGAUAUCCAGCUGAAUGUUUAAAAAAUGAUGACAGUCUCCGGGUCACGCUAGCUGUCUUCUACACAAUCUUCUUCGUGCUUGGCUUAGCUGGCAACCUGCUAGCCCUCUGGGUGUUCCUGUGGCUCCACUCUAAGAAGAAUUCAGUGCGUAUUUUCCUGAUUAACCUGGCUAUUGCAGAUUUGGUCCUCAUGAUCUGUCUGCCCUUCCGUGUGGCCUUCCAUGCCAAUCAUAACCAAUGGAACUUACAUCCUCUGAUCUGCAAGAUAGUGGGCAAUGUUUUCUACAUGAACAUGUACAUAAGCAUUAUUCUCCUGGGGCUUAUUAGUAUAGAUCGCUAUGUGAAGCUGCAGAGAGCCUCGAGCAGGCAGAAGUUCCUCAACAGUAAGCAGAGCACUAUGACAUGUUGCCUCCUUUGGGUAACUGCUGCUGUCUUCAUAAUACCACUGAUUGUUGUGAAGGAAAACUCAACAGCACCCAAAACGUGUUUCCAGUACAAAGCUCUUCACAAUGUCAAAUGGAAGGCCUACGCAAACAUUGUUGUUGUGAUUGUUUUCUGGGUGGUCUAUGGUACUCUGGUAACCUCAUAUGCAAAGAUAGCAAUGGGCCUGCUUCAGAUCUCUAAGAAGAAACCAGACUUUCCUAAUGCAGCCAAGUACAGCAGAACAGCUUGGAAGUCAUUCUUUGUCCUCUUUCUCUUCACUGUGUGCUUUGUACCCUACCACUUGUCGAGAAUCUUCUACGUCUACUCACAGAUCACGACUGCUUCGUGUCUGUGGAUAGAGAUCGUGGACAAGAUCAACGAGUUAUCUUUGCUGCUUUCUGCACUCAACAGCUGCCUGGAUCCGAUCAUGUACUUUGUGUUGUGUGGCUCAGUGCGAAGGACAGUAUUGCAGGUGUUGAACAAAUACUUCUGCCUUAGUGCUUCUGCAGGCUCCAGCAGCACCAGCUAUGAGAUUGGAAGAAACCAAAGGGAGCAGGCAAUACAAAGCGACACCAGCACAGUGUGAACAAAGACUGCCAUUCAUUAUCCAACUACAUGGCUGACCCGGGACAGUGGCUAUUCCACUGGUUCUUUUAUUAACCAGUUGAAUUGUGCUGUUACUGUCCUAAAUAAGCAUCAUUCAACAUACUUGGAAAACUGAGGCAUAAUAAUAUGUAGGAAUGUAUGUAUAUAGUGUAUAUUUUAUGUAAAGAAACAAAACUACCAAUAUUUUUUAUAUUUUUCUGGCUAACAAGCCUGUUUUUCUCUCUAACUCAAGUUAGAAUAAAAUAUAACC